AGCGACACUCACUGUGCAACUGUGGAGCUAACCAUAAGUUGAAGUUAUUCUCUUGUUCAUAACCUAUUGAAAGUAGAAUGUAAUUCUUUUUUCGUUUUAGAAAUAUUAAAAUAAGACAUGCAACAUCAAAAUAAAAGUUUGAAUCAUUUAUAAUGAUGGCUGUACCACCUUCUUUUGGACUUAGUGAUAUUGUACAUUUGAACGUUGGUGGAACAAGGUUUUCAACAUCAAAGCAGACGCUAACAUGGGUUCCAGAUUCAUUUUUUACAGCUUUAUUAAGUAACAGAAUUGCCAGUCACAGAGAUGAAAUUGGUGCAUUAUUUAUAGAUAGAGAUCCAAAAUUAUUUUCUAUUAUAUUAAAUUAUCUUCGUACAAAGGAUAUUGAUUUAAAGAAUGUAGAUCUUCGAACAUUGAGACACGAAGCUGAAUAUUAUGGUAUUACUCCAUUGGUUAAGAGAUUAAUGCUAUGCGAAGAUUUAACUCAGUCUUCUUGUGGAGAUGUUUUAUUUUAUGGUUAUUUACCACCACCAAGUAUACCAUUGCAAGAACCUACUACUGUUGCAUCAAAUGUAGGAGAUGUGUCUGUUCAUGGCAGAAGUCCUGCCAAUAAUACGAAUUCCAGAGCGGAUGUACCAUCUACCUCCCAAAUUACAACUCCUGGAACUUCUAAUAGCCACAAUAAUAAUGGACAACAAAACCAUAAAGGAGUACUUAAUAGUCAUAUGCGAAAUUCUUCAUUAGAUUAUAGAAUCCAACAAAAAGGCUUACCACAUUCACGUACAUCAUCUCUAGAUUUAAGACAUGUUAGGAAUAAUUCAGCAGAUUUAAAUAAAUUGUAUAAAAAUGAUAUAAGUUUAGUAUUUGGGCCUCAACAAGUUUCAUCAUGGGUUGAUCCCUUAAGAGUUCAGAUCAUAAAAGCACAUCAUAAUUGGAUUGUAAUUGCUUAUGCUCAUUUUAUAACAUGUUAUCGACUUAAAGACUCAUCUGGUUGGCAACAUGCAUUUACUAGUCCUCACAUUGAAUCAGUAAUUGAAAGAGUGGCAAUAACAUCAAAAUUAAGUACCAGUGGCGAUGUUAAAAUGGUUGCGAUUUCUUAUGGAAAUCAGGUCAGAUUAUGGAGUAUUUCAGCAAAUGGAAUGAAGAAUAUUGGUACAUUUAAUCUAAAUGUUCGUGUGGAAUAUUUAUUUUUUAUUGGGAGCCAAUUAGUUGCUCUAUCUCCUACUGACAAAAUCGGUGUAUGGCAUGCUAUGACACAUCAUUGGCAAAUACAAGAUGUAGUACCUAUUUUGUCAUUUGACACAGCUGGUUCGUUUCUUCUAUUAGGCUGCAACAAUGGAUCUAUUUAUUAUAUUGACAUGGAAAAGUUUCCUUUAAGAAUGAAGGACAAUGACUUACUUGUAACUGAAUUAUACCGCGAUCCAAACUAUGAUCCCAUUACUGCCAUAUCUGUAUAUUUAACACCAAAAACAUCACAAGCUGUCUGUGGUAAUUGGAUUGAAAUUGCAUAUGGUACAAAAUCUGGCAGUGUUCGAGUUAUUGUCCAACAUCCUGAAACUGUUGGACAUGGCCCACAACUGUUUCAAACAUUUACUGUACAUCAAAGUAGUGUAACGAAAGUAACGUUGUCAGAAAAAUAUUUAGUAUCCGUUUGUUCAGAAUAUAACCAUGUUAGAAGUUGGGCGGUAACGAGGUUCCGAGGAAUGAUUUCUACUCAACCUGGUUCAACACCAGAAGCUAGUUUUAAAAUUGUAUCUUUAGAAGCAAUUGAAUCUUGCAUUAGUUAUAAUGCUGGAAAUGACUUUGGACCAUUUGGUGAACAAGAUGAUGAACAAGUCUUUGUUCAAAAAGUUGUACCUGAGACAGAUCAAUUGUUUGUACGCUUAGCGUCAAAUGGAAAGAGAGUCUGUGUAAUCAAAUCAGUAGAUGGUAGUAUUAUAAGCUCCUUUUAUGUGCAUGAAUGUGAAGGAUCCAGCCGUAUGGGUUCAAGACCCAGGCGUUUUAUAUUCACUGGUCAUUCCAAUGGUACCAUUCAAAUGUGGGACCUUACAACAGCUUUAGAACCAUCUUUCUCUUCUACUCAAAAUGUCUCUGGUGGUCCCACACCAGAAGAACUUUGGAAAUUAUUAGAUCAAUGUGAUUUAAGUAACAGCCAUUCCUCGACGCCAUGUAUUAGUCCAUGUCCAUCACUUAUAUCUACAGGUCCAAGUAUAAAAACUAGCAAUGUACUAUUUCUUAAUCAAUCACAAAGUACUGAUGCAACACCUGGACCUAGUCAAGUAUGAAGGUAAUAUAGAAAAAUGUAUUUUAUAGAAACUUUAAGAACUGAUUUUUUAUAUUUAGAAAUGAUUUUCUUUAUUUCGAAUCAUUGACAAAAGAAUAUUUACAAUCACAGUUCCUAAUAUAACAAUUUUAAUAAUUAUAAAUAGAUAUAUUAGUUAAAAUAAGGAACAAUAAUAUGCAUUUUCUUUGCAUCACUUGAAAUUUUACAUUACAUAUUGUUCUUCAAUAAAUGAUCUAAUAUUAUACAAAAUACAAUUUGUAAUUUCGUUCUAAAGUAAUUUAAGGAUUUUACGAUUGUAUAUUUUAUGUUACUAUGUUAUAAAAAGAAUGAAUUCAUUCAUGUUAUAAAUUCAGUUCUUUAAAUAUAUUCAAAGUAUAUCAAAUAUCAAAUUUUAUCAACAAUAAAUUAUAACUAAAAUGUAUGCAUCAAAAUGUACAAGAUCAAAUACACAUUUGUUUUUGAUCACAUUUAUGACAUACACAUGAGUUCUAAAAUGGUUUUCCGAAUAAAAGAAUGUUAUCUCAA